AUGGAUAAUCUUCCACCUGAGAUCAUCCGGAAUAUCGUCUCGCACUUGAUCGUCGCGGCCCGUAAGGUCCCUCAUAUAAAUGAACUCUGUCCCAUAACGUCACUCGCACCCUACGCAUCCAUUUCUCAGCAAUGGCGAGACAUCGUCGAAUCUAUUACGUUCCGGCACCUGAUUCUAAACUCUAGGAGGCUUACUGAAGCCGACUGCAAAAACUAUCUCACGCCGCUUCGCCUCAGCUACGUGCGAUAUAUAUGGUACGAUUUCGAAUUCCCCGCACACAAUCUGGCCGUGACAACAGAUCCGGAAGAUUAUGACGAUCAGCUUGUCUUCAACAGAAGUGUCAGGCAACUUCUCGAAGUUCUGUCGCGAUUUCCGCAUCGUGAUGAACCUGUAGUUGGCCUCGAGAUGUUCAUAACGCCACCAAAGAAGUUCGCUCUCCGUUUAUUGCGGCACGAAACAAAAAGGUCGCGUGAAAGGACAGAGGUCCUUUUUGGAAACGUGACCCCUGCCUACGUCGAGCUAUUUGAAGACUGGGACAAGGGAAUUGCCGAGAUACCAGCUGUUUCUUAUUUCAGAGUGGAACCAGGCUCUCAAAGUAUCCUGUUCUCGCCAUCCUCGAUGAACCGCAUUGCUUCAAAGAUGCCACGUCUAUCGAGGGUAGAAUGGUGGCUUACCGACGAAGAGAACAUUGAUUCGAUUACUGAUAUUACUGAGACGAGUCAAAGAACAAUGUUUUCACGCACACUUGAAAUAAUUCCAACGUCUGUUAGGUCUUAUGCUCUAAGCUAUUUGCGGCAGCCUCCACGAUCUGCAGUAGACCGGGUCAAUAGCACAGUUCCUCCAAGCACACAGGACGACAUUAUGAGUCGAUCGUUUUACUCCUUCACUCAAAGAAUAGGCCUGGACGAUUUCUAUCUCCUGGCUAGAGUGGACAGCACAAUCCUCUUACCUCAACAACCAAAAGCUGAUGCCAUCUGGCCGAGCAUACGCCGUUACAAUCUCGAACUGAAAGAACACUUGCCGUCAGGCGAGUGUAUUGCCCAAUUACCUAGCAAGGGAUACGCAUAUGACCAGAAGAUCAUGGACAGAUUCGCCAUCGCUGCUGCAACUUGCGCUGCCAGGAUGCCAGAGAUUGAGGAGCUGAAUGUCAUUCACCAUGGUCGUACGCAAAUGGGUAUCUGUUUCAACACCUGUUCAGAAGAUGAACCUUGUCUUGAGUUUUUCGGCCAGCCAGACAUCCCCGAGCCGAGUGAGGAGACGUUGGCGAUUUGGAAGAAAGCUGUAAAGACACAUGGAUUGACAUGGGAUGUGAACAUCACAAGCGAGAUGGGCAAAGUGUACCACUUUUACUAG